AAAUACAACUAUACAAGACGCGAGACCGAGACGUGUGUCGUGUACUCGUCUAGUGUUGUUAUUGUGUUGGUGGUGUUUGGCUGCUUUUUGUUUUCGUGGCAACUAAAUUGUAACAGUAAACUACCGACUGUGUGCUGUAAUUGACUGUUGUGCAAGUACCGUCAUCUUUCAACGCCCGAACACGAAUAUCAUUUCCCCUGACUAUUUGACGUCUCAGUUGUCUGAUUAAAAAUGAGGAACUCACGUACCAACAAACCAAAGGAGACCAACAAACAGAAGAAGGAGAGAAAGAAGGAAUUCUUGGAAAACAAAAAAAAUGUUGUGUCGGUUGUAUUGCCCACUUUGACCGUCAUAUUUGCUCUCAUCACGCUGUUCAUCUAUUUAAAGGUGCAUCCAAAUGCAUUGAACUUCAUGGCUUCUGAAAAAUCGCUUUAAACAAUGAAUCUAAUUAUUAUAAUAUCAUAUCUUUUUCAUUCCCUUCUAUUGUACACACAAUUAUCCCCAAUUUAAGUUUCAGUGUUUUUUUUUUUUUAGUUUAUGGCAUCUGUUAAUAUGUUCUAUGCACAAUAGUUGUGUGCAUACAUAUCAAAUUAAUGAUACAAAUAUUAACUUUAAACACCAUGUUAACAUUCAAAUUUCAAAGUAUCUUGUUUAUAUUAUUUAACAAAUCAUUUUACUAUGUUAUUUGAUAAUGUUUGGCUACAAAAUCAAUUGUAUCUACAAAUAUUAUUAAAAAAUCAUAAAUUUAUUUUAUUUGAUAUUUGGAUUAAAAUGUACCGAUCAUUGCCUUAUAUUUUAUUUUAUUAGUAAUUAAAUUCAUUAUACUUAUUCUAUUUUUGAAAUUUAAUUAUAUUUAUUUAAGACUGUUGUUUUAUAAGCUGUUUGUUUUUGAUUUAAAACUUUUACCUAAACCUCAUGUCAUUUUUCUAAAUGGUUUUUAAUAAAAUAUAGAAAUCAAAAGCAUA